UUUCAGGUUCUUUAUGUGAGAUUGUAAACAUUAACACACCAUACUCAGAAUGGUUUUCUUUCCGGUUUUGAUUUUUUGCAUCCUUUUAAUGAAGGCAUGCUUGGGCUCGGAGCUCACAACCGUUGUUUCUGAAACCAAAAUCUGUCCUGGAACAUGUGUACCUCGCUAUUCUAGCAGUGAUUGCGAUUACGUAUUGCCCAAUAACGAAAUGUGUCCUCCAGAAGAUGUUUGUUGCCUAACCCAAGAACCUGAUGCUUCUGUUGUCCUUGGAGCUACAGAUCCGCCAGAAACCUGUCCAGGAACAUGUGUGCCACGUUAUUCUAUCCAUGAAUGCGACUACACAUUACCCGGUAAUAUGUGUCCUCCAGAAGAUAUUUGUUGCCUAACCCAAGAAUACGAUGCCUCUACUAUCCACAGAGUGGGAUAUAAAAUAAAAACCUGCCCAGGAGAAUGUGUGUCUUAUUAUUCUAGAGAUGAAUGCGACUAUCUAAUACCCAAUAGAGAUAUGUGUCCUGCAGGAUAUAUUUGUUGCCUAAACCAAGCACACGACGCUUCUAGUGUCCGCAGGGAGGAAGAUACACCGACAUUCUGUCCAGGAGAAUGCGUACCACGUCAUUAUAAAUAUGAUUGUGACUACAUAUUACCCAAUGAAGAUAUGUGUCCAUUAGGAGAUAUUUGUUGCCUAAACGAAGAACACUUUGAUCGCUCUUAAUGGUUUUAAACUGAAUUAACUACUUUAUUCGAGUGGCCUGGAAAUGCUGCCAUAUUCAAUAUUACUUUUUA